AUGGAUGAUUCAAUGGAUUGUUCCGACUUCAAAACCGCAUCGCCUGCCAAAACCUUCAACUCCCCUCCGGUCGCGAAAAGGAGACGGCUAGACAAUAUUGCAGAAGAUAACAACGAUGAGAAGAAAGCCCCAAGCUCGUCAUGCACUGACCACUCUUCUCGUUUGAUUGUAAAUACCUGUUUGAAUCAAAUCGCCAAUGCUGACAAGCUACUUCUAGUCAACCUUUUCAUGGAGAACUUGGAAAGCUUUCUUCAAGACGGAAGCGGGACAACUAUGGGCUCAAAUGAUCCCAAAGGUCAGCAAUUCGUUGACACCUUUCUAACCCUUGAUGGAUGCAGUGUCAUUCUUCAUACUCUCAAACGAUGGGUCGAUGCGGGGACUCAUAAAAACAAUACCAUUGAUGAAGAGACCGCGGCCUUUGUAUCAACUGCAUUGGGCUUCUUGGUCCACACAAUGGCAUAUAACCGAAGGGCAGCUUUUCGCUUCCUAGAUGUGAAGGGCCUCCACAUCACACAAUUGCUUAUGCAAAUAUGUCAGAGUGCACCCUUUGACACAGUGGUUCUUGGUCGAGCAAUCUCCAUAUGGGGCAAGCUCAUGACGAAUGUUACUCGAAGAGAAGAUGUUCUGGUUGAGAACUUUUCCAACUUGAUAUUGAACAUCAUGCACCUACAUCCUCAAUGCGAACGCAUUCAGCGAUACGGAUGCAAGUUCUUUGCAUCACUGGCAACCACAUCGCAAAACAGCGGAGAAACCCAAGACUUCGACAGGCAGAAGCUUCGACAAGUAGUUGAACUGGCGUUGCUAUCCUACCGAAACAAGGAACGUACAUACUAUUGGUGUCGCCAGUGUACAGCUCUUUACUCGGCUGGUCAAUUGGUCAGGCAUGAUGAUGGGAAUACAAGCUGCAGUACUGACUCAUCUCGAAACUCAUCAAGAGCGUCAUCGGACACCUUGUCACAAAAGUCAUCACAAAACUUUGCGGCUGGUCAAGACCUGGUCCUCAACAGAGAUCUCAACAGGGAUCUCAAUAGGGAUGACGGUGAGGUUACCGACUCAUCACAAAACUCAUCACAAAAGUCUUCGGAUGGUAAACUUGACGGUGACGAUGACGGGGACACAGGUUCUGGUACUGAUUCAUCCCGUAACUCAUCAAGAGACUCCUCAUCAGAUACCUUGUCCUCGCGAAACUCUUCGUCUGGUGGUGAAAUGGUCAGAGGCGUUGAGGUUACUAACGCAUCACAGAGCUCCUCACGAGACGGUUCAGCUGCACCAGUCGUCAGUGCCGAUGGUGGGAAUACAAGCUCAGGCACUGACUCGUCACAGCACUCUUCGGCUCGUAAGCUGGCCAGGGAUGAUGAUGGGAAUACAAGCUCAGGCACUGACUCAUCAUCACGAAACUCAUCAAGAGGUUCAUCAGACACCUUAUCACAAAACUCAUCGCAAAAGUCUUCGGCUCGUAAAGUAGCCAGGGGUGGUGAGUGUACCGACUCGUCACAAAAGUCUUCGGCUGGUAAGCUUUUCAGUGUUGACGGUGGGAGUACGAGUACUGACUCAUCGCAGCACUCAGCACAAAAGUCAUCGGCCGGCAGAGAUGAUGAUGGUAACACAAGUUCGAGUACUAACUCAUCACAAAAGCUCUCGGCUGCCAAUCUAAAUCAACUGGAUCAGCUAGAUCAAAUGGCAAGGGAUGAUGACGGGAAUACAAGUACUGACACUGACUAA